CCAGUUUAUAUCUUAGAAUCGUGUUGCUGGGUUGAUUUGAUGAAGAAAGCAUCUGAUUUCAUGUAUUGUUCUUGGCAGCAUUCUGCAUACCUCUUGGCUACUCAGUUCACCACACUGAUGAAGCAUGAAGGGUACUACCUAGCUAGUUAUCAUGUAGGGCCGAUUUCUCCCAAGGCUGACGGGGGCUUCAGCAUUCAGUGGCAUAGUGCUAGUAUUAGUGCCACUCCAUCAGCUCGACCAAUCGCCCAACCUUCCUCAACUCUGACCCCAAGGUUAUCACCUUCCGGACUCAGUCCCAUAUCCAUGCAACGCCAUUCACAGAACAUUUUCUCUGGAGGCCAAUUUCUCCCACCUGAAAUCAUACAGUUAGCUGCACAACUCCCGGACACUUGUAUACCCAAGCAAGCUCUCAGCAUUGCUACACAAGAAAAUUGCAUGAUGCCGCAAGUCCGGCAGAUUCUGAAUAAUUGUGCCUAUUCAAUGUAUCAGACGCUGCAAAUACAACAACAACAACAACAACGAAAUCAAUUCAUGCAGGGGGGAUCAGGAGGUGGAGGAGUAAGUGCAAGUGGUUUAGGUAUGAUUGAACGGGGUGGAGUCCAGGGACUUGGAAAUUCUCGUCUUGGUUUGUUGGGUAAUGGCAUGGGCUUGAGGUCCUCUACUCCUCCUACGGAAUUGGGAGGACGGAUGCCUUGGGUUGGCAAUGUAGGCCUGUUUAACAAUCUUGGCAGUGAAGUAUCUAGUUUAAAUGACAGCAAGCUACCUCUUGGCCCGGUUUCUGAUCUUCUGAGGGCCACAGAAGGCCAAGGGAAAGCCUUGAUGAAUGGGGUUUCGGUGGACAUAACAAAUUCUCGAGGCGUGACUACUAAAUUAAGCAACCAGCAGCUGCUACAAUUGCAGAUGCAUCCACUGGAAAUGAGAUCACUGUUUGAACAGAGGAUACAACCGGAAAUUAGAUCACUGGUUGAGCAAAAGAUACCGCCACAGAUGCAUCCACCAGAACUGGAAUCAUCAGUCCAGCAGCAGAUACAACCGCAGAUGUAUCAACCGGGACUGGGAUCACCAGUUGGGCAGCAGCUACAACCGCAGAUGCAUCAACAGGAAGUGGGAUCACCAGUCCAGCAGCAGAUGCAACCGGAAAUGAGAUCACCAGUCCAGCUGCCACAACAGAAUACGGAGCAGCAGCAGGAAAUGACAUCAUUGCUCCAGCAUUCAGAUACAGCAGCCAUCGUAGUACAGCAUGCAGGUUCACCUCAUUGUCAAGUUACCCGUCAUCAACAAUUUGAUCAAAGCCAACAACUUAUCCCAGAGCCAGCAGCGCAACAGGCGAAUGGUAAAGAGUCAUCAAAGUGUUGAUAAGAAUUGCUUAUAGUUUGUUUUAGUUGUUUUGUAAAUUGUUAGUUUGGUUAAGGGCAUAAGUGUAAUCUGUUAGAAUGCCCACAAUAUAUAUAUCAAACUUUGUGUAAUUAUCUGAUUGUAUUGAAUGAAAGAAAGAUAUUCAGUUUCUAUAUGGUAUCACGAC